AUGGCAGUCGUCGGUCUCUCCCGGUCUGAGACCCGGAAGUUGUGUCCGAAAGGGGUAUUCAUUGCCUGUAAUAACGCUAAAGACUCUGUAGUUGUUUCCGGUCCAAUGAAUGCAAUGAAAGAAAUGAUAAAAACAUUGGAAGAAAAGGCAGUAUUUGUUCGACGACUACAGAGCAGUGAAAUCCCAUAUCAUUCACAAUAUCUCAUAUCCAGUGCACAGCCUAUGACUGACGCCAUCAAGAAAUACAUACCAAACCCUAAGCCCAGGACAAGGAAAUGGGUGUCCACUUCACUGAUGACGGCUGACCCGGAAGAGCAAUCAUUAAAAUACGCUUCGGCUGAAUAUUUCAAAUACAUACCAAACCCUAAGCCCAGGACAAGGAAAUGGGUGUCCACUUCACUGAUGACGGCUGACCCGGAAGAGCAAUCAUUAAAAUACGCUUCGGCUGAAUAUUUCGUGUACAACCUAAUGAACCCGGUCAAUUUCUACGAUAAAUUCAAGGAUCUACCUACAGAUGCCAUUGUCUUAGAGUUAGGUCCGCACUCAUUGUUUGGCAAAAUAACGACCGAAACACUGGACAACUCUACGUACGUAUCGCUCAUUAAAAAGGACUCAAACGAUACAAAUCUGGAUAUGUUUUUGUCCGGAUUGGCAACACUUUACGAAUUGGGUUACAAUCUGUCGGUUGAAAACCUGUAUCCAAGGGUAGAGUGGCCGGUGGCUAGGAAUACCCCCUCAAUCAAUUCGCUUAUCAAAUGGGAUCACAGCACAGAGUUAUCAGUGAGAAAGUACCCUGAAUGGUUUGAUAGGUCCAAUGCAUCAGAUAUGAAUUAUACGGUCAACUGUAAAGACAAGGGUGACCGGGCUUAUUUGGAUCACGCAGUAGAUGGCAACCCUAUAUUUCCGGCCACCGGGUAUUUAAUGUUAGCCUGGCGCAAAUUGGCGGCCAGUGUUGGCAAAUUGUGGUAUAAGGUGCCCGUUGUUUUUGAAAACGUUCAGUUAAAACGAGCCACCUUUCUAUCUGACGAAAAGAACACCAAGCUCAAAGUCAAAUACUACCCAUUAACAGAUGACUUUUCUGUAUACGAAAACGACAACCUCUGUGUUGUGGGCAAAAUCAGAGCACCGGGCGAUGACGUACUGAUCGCUCAAAAUAAGAUUCACGAAAAUGAGAAUAAGAUAUCCUUAUGUGAGUACAAACUGGAAAGGGAUGACAUCUAUAAGGAGUUGCGUGUUAUGGGUCUGGACUACGGCCCGGAAUUUAGACGUCUGCGCAAAGUCGGCACAAAUGACUUCAAAGAGAUUUACGCCGUAAACGAGUGGACCGGCAAUUGGGUCACAUAUAUGGACGCCGUUUUGCAGUCCAUGGCCUUUGCGAUGCCGUUCCGUAAGCUAAUGGUGCCGGUGAUGAUACGCAAACUUAGGGUCGACCCGCGGGUGCUGUUCGACGCCAUCAAACGCAAUAAGAUAGAGGAACAGGAGGUCCACAAAGGGGACAAAGACGACACCGAAAUUGAACGCGAGUUGAAGGCCACUAUGGAUCAGGACGCUGAUGAGCACCGGGAGGGCUCGGCUCAGAAUAUUGAGUCCAAAACCGAUAAAGAGAAAGAGACUUAUAGUGAAGUGUCGACUCUGGCCCACAAAGAGAUGGAAAAGGCUAAGGAGCGGUGGUGUAUGUACCCGGCUAACAUGCCAGUGUACGCCAACAUCACCACCAAACAGUUGGUAGCGCACGGUAUUGAGGUGGAGGAGGUGAUGGCGUUCCCCAUUCCCAGGCGUAUAGACACCACUGAUCUUGUGUUGGAUUCGUCCGAGUUUUGCGCCAAUGAUGACCACUCGGCCAUCGAUACGAGUCUAUCGGUCAAUGUUUCGCAAUAUAUUGAGUUAUGCAAAUCAAUGGCCGCUAAAGUGAAACAAAUGGCAAUGAAUAUGAAAUGCGAUUUCAAUUAUAAGUCGAUUAGCGAUGAUGUGAUCCAAGAGCAUAGAAAUGCAAACAAUGAAAAUCACGUUAUGUUUAGAUCGAUUAGCGAUGAUGUGAUCCAAGAGCAUAGAAAUUCAAACAAUGAAAAUCACGUUAUGUUUAGAGUUUUUGAUAAAAUAUUGACUGAAAUGGUCGACCAGAAUAUGAAUCCCACGGCAAACAAAGACACGAAACAAACGUUGACUGAAAUCCAAGCGAAUCCUGAAUACGAUAUGAGUAAAGAUGUCAUAAACCAGAUCUCAAGGAAUGAGCGAAUGAUUAGAUCUCUUGUUGACAUCGUUUGCGAAAACUAUUUGAACAUCUCAAAGAAUGAGCGAAUGAUUAGAUCUCUUGUUGACAUCGUUUGCGAAAACUAUUUGAACGUAAAAGAGAUAAAAGUGACGGAAAUUAAUUUGAGUCAAAGUCUAUUAGCCAAGGAAGUGGAUCAGUUUAUCUAUUUAUUUAAGAUUUUGCAAUUUAUGGUCGAUUAUAAUCUGGUGGUGAAAUCAAAACAAGCCGUGAAUGAAGUGUUUAGAGAAAAGGCUACGGAAUGGGAUCCUAAGGAUAGUCUGCCCAUAAAUCCUUCAAAUCUAGUGAUCAUGAGAGACACACCGGACUUAUGGCCAAUAGAUUUGCAGACAUUUAUUGGAGACUUGUAUGACUCGAUCCAAACAAACGGAUUCCUAUUAACGGUAUUCCGCUAUAAGUUUACGGAACCGGAGAUCGCGUUGAACUCAAUGAACGGAAAUCCAAGUCUUAAUGACUCUGAACUGACUCUACGUUUAGAGAAAUUCAUAACAAUUGCCAAAAGUGCCGGUUUGCGCCUAAUAUGCAGCAAAUGUGAUACAAUAGGAACGGGCGGUGAUUAUGAGAAAUGGUUUGGAUUAUUGCAGGAAAGGCUGAUUGAGGCCAAGGAGGCCGACAACGUGACCGAACCCGUAUGGCUCGUAGCCAACGACUCAUCAAUUAAUGGCAUAAUAGGUCUCAUGAAUUGCUUGCGAUUAGAGCCCGGGGGGGAAAACUUCAGAUAUAUUUUCAAUUAUGACAGCAAUAGUGAGAAAAUAGACUUCAAUGUCAGCCCUUAUAGCGAUAUAUUGGCCAACGAUUUGGUGGCGAAUGUCGUGAAAGAGGGAAAAACUUCCCACGGAUUACAUUAUAGCGAUAUAUUGGCCAACGAUUUGGUGGCGAAUGUCGUGAAAGAGGGAAAAGUGGGAACUUAUCGACACUUAAGACUUCUCACGGAUUACGACAAAUGCCUCUCAAAUGACUAUUACUUGAAUUCAUCAAAAAUGGGUGAUUUAGGAGGACUUCAGUGGAAUGACUCCCGCAAUAUACCCCGAGUGAAGGAGAUGUGGGGAAUGACUAACAAUAGAGAGACUCUGACCAGGGUCGAGAUCUAUUGCUCGGGUAUCUCAUUCAGGGAUGUCAUGUUGGCGACCGGUCGUAUACCAUCUGGCCCUGAGCAGUUAUUCACAGAUUGCUCCAUAGGCUACGAGUACGCCGGUCGUAGGGCCGAUACGGGUGAACGUGUGAUGGGUCUGGACGUCGGCCGUACAUUCGCCACCUCUCUUAACGCCACGCUCUCGGGUAUGACUAAAAUACCCGACCACUGGUCUAUGGCCGAUGCGUCCACUAUUAUCAACUAUAUACUUUUUCAAAUGAAUCGAUGA